AUGACUAAUGGUGGCUCUCUCACAAUGAGACUUGCCCUCGGUCAACGGCCACAACUUACCAGAGCCAGCAGGCCCAAGGUCCGUACUGGUUGUAUCACCUGCAAACGCCGCCAUCGUAAAUGCGACGAAGGGAGACCAGCUUGUGCCACUUGUCUGACGUAUCAAGGCUACUGCGGAGGAUACGCGGCGAACAAGGAGCAAACUCUCGACAGAAAUCGGCCGAUACACCCAAAGCCAGCAAGAAACCAGGACGGCAUGCUGCUAGAGCCCAAUUACGCGUCUCUCGUUUUCUCCGGUCAGCUUGAGAAAGACCAUUUCGACUACUGGCUGGCGUUCACAGAAACCACGGUUCUGUUCCGCUCCGACCUGCUCACGCAAGUCAUCCCGCAACUCUUCUGGAGGGAUCCUCCAAUCAAGCAUGCAGCGCUGGCGAUCGGUGCAUCGGCCCUCGGCAGAAACACGCGGAAACAACGCAUCCUCGGGAUGGGAGAGCUUAAUACGGCCGCUCUGAAGCAUUACAGCAAGGCUUUAUUCCUGUUGUACACAUCGCCAAUGUCGCCUGAGAAGACCUUGCUUGCGUGCCUUUUGUUCAUCAUAUUCGAGUGUCUCCGAGGAAAUAGUAUGGCUGGGUUAAGCCACAUCAAUCACGGCUUCCAGAUUCUGGACCAGUACCAGCAUUCUCAGAGCAACAAACUCAGCCCAUUACUACUAAACGAGGUCAUAACCAGCUUCCAACACUUCGGCCAGCAAGCCUGGGCUCUCAAUGGCAUUCACCCACGAGAGACUCGUGAAAGAGUACCGUGGUGCUGUCGUGGGGUGAGGACGAGAUACGCCGUUCAGGAAAUGCCCAUCAUCUUUGAUACCCUGGAAAUGGCCCGCUGUUGGUGGGACAUUGUCCGGCAUCACGUUGAGCAUCACGCACCUUUUUAUACCAACUUUCAAGUCAAGGGUUCUUCGCCGAGGGUGGCUCAAAGACCUCCAGAAGGGUACGGCUCGUCAGAAUCGUCCUCAAGACACAUUCGAAGUUUCGUUCGUUACCUUGACGCGUGGAAUACUGCAUUUCUUCCCCUCGCCAUAGCAGCAGAGACUAGGAAAGGGGUCUGUUUGGCAGAUUAUCUCAAGGCACUCAGUUUGAGAAUCCACUACCUAUACCUUUGGACCGGAGUGCGCAGUGUGGGCUGGACCGAUGCAGAGGAAGCAAAACGGAUCUUGCCAACCUUUUGCGACAUUGUUGCCCUUAGUCGACAGCUUCUUGCGGCCCAAGCAGCCCGGCAACACUCCAUGCCAGCCAGAGAGGUCUUCACAUUGGAAGACAGUCCAACUUGGCCUCUGGCCUGCACAUAUCGCGUAUGCACCGACCUGAAAGUACGAACGGAGAUCGUUCGCCUCUUUAAGGAGUAUCCACGGCGUGACGGCCUGUUGGAUACCCAUGCGUUCUUAGUCAUGAUAGAAUGGAUGGCGAAGACGGCGUCCUCUGGAGUCAUCGUCAAUGAUCAGAGUCCGGUUGAUGAUUGUAAGUCAACAUACCCACUUUUGGAACACCCCCUCAUUUGGAACACCUAA